CACAAAACCUGAGAAGUUACAGCAAAUAUGGCUGUAGAUUCGGUUUAUGAUUUCACCAUGGAGACCCUGGAGAGAAAGGCCGCUCCACUCAGCAUCUUCAGAGGAAAAGUUCUUCUCGUUGUGAAUGUGGCGACCUUCUGAGGGUCCACCGUUGAAGAGUAUCACAGGAUGAAUGCACUCAUGGACAUGUAUAAAGGCCUGAACUUCACCGUGCUUGGAUUCCCCUGCAAUCAGUUCGGCCUGCAGGCACCUGAGGAGAACCAUGAAACCCUGAAUAUCUUACAGCAUGUGAGACCAGGACGAGGUUUCCUCCCAAAGUUCCCCAUCUUCAGCAGGAUUGAGGUGAACGGCUCUGAUGAACAUCCUCUAUACGCCUUCCUGAAGGAAACUCUGCCGUUUGUUAACCCAGUCAUUGGAGACAUCAGGAAGCUCUACUGGUCUCCCAUUAAAGCCAAUGACAUCCGGUGGAACUUCGAGAAGUUUCUCAUCACCGCAGACGGACUUCCUUACAAAAGGUAUGAUCCUCACUGUCCAUUUGAAGAGGUGGAGCGGGACAUUGCCACACUUCUGCAGGGAAGACAAUUAUCAUAACACAUCCAUAAACAGACUGAGAUUCUUCCUCUUUCUAGAUCCAAUCAGAUUCAAUCAGUCUGUCCGUCUUCUGAAGUCAAUGAGUGAAUCUCACGAAACCUGCCAUAAAAAUCUCUAAAAUAUAUUUCACUUCAAAAACAAUUGAAAAAAAUAAAGAUAUGUAUUCAUAUAUAUAUAUAUAUAUA